GAAGAGAGAGAGAGAGAGAGAGAGAGAUAUUUCUGACAGCUUGUGACACUGGAAGCAUCACUGCUGUGUUUUUGCUCCUCUCUGAGUGUUUCUAUUCUCUCGCUCAUAAUUUAAUGCCAUUUAUUUGUUUAUUUGUUUGUUUGAUCUGCAUUUAGACUGAAAACCAGAAGGGCAGAAGCUCGAGCCCCGGUGUGACUCACUCUCUCUCUCUCUCUCUCUCUCUCUCUCUCUCUCUCUCUCUCUCUCUCUCUCUCUCGGCUGUAGGGUGUGGAGCUGUUUGGCGAGAAUCAUUUCCUUCACCAGGGGAUUCGCUGGCAGGGCAACCUGCUCCAGGAUGAAGUCUCACGAGGGGGAACUAGUGAAGGAGAUCUCAAAGCUGCAUGCAAUGGUGUUGGAGCUCAGGUCCGGGUUCUCUCGUGCUCUUCUGGAGUUAAAUCAGAUUCAGCUCGGAGACACAGAGCUUCAGAACCAGCUGGAGGAGGCAAGACAUGGCUGUAACAAACGUACACUACACCUGGAAACACUCGUUCUCACAUUUAAGGAGGAACUGGAGGAGAUUCGUUGUCAGAUCCGUCAGCUGUGUGAUGAACAGGUGAAGUCAGAACAGGCGAACGGUAACACAGGAGCACAGAGAGUCAGUGCCCACAGCUGUGCUGGUGUAAAGAACGUUAGCAGCAGCACUAAUGGAAUUAAAGAUGUUAAUGAGUUGAAGAUAGCUCCGCCCCUUUGUACAACAGGUGGCGCUCUUUUACUGCAUUGUUACCUGCAGGGUCUGUGGGCAGGACAUAACUCAGGUGAAGUUUGCUCUCACUUCAGUCUCAGAGUUGAAGGAGCGUCAAGCUGCACACAAACAGGCAGAUAUCAGUGUGUAAGUAUCUCACUGUUAAAGUCUGAGUGGGAUUAUUCCUCCAAACUCACCCUGCUUCAGGAGAAAUACAGAAACCCAACCUCCAGUCACACUGAGACACAUAAAGUGUUUUUCAGACAUGUGGAUGAGAUGCUGCAGCGCCACCUGCUGUUCAGAAACAGUCUGCAGGAGAAGCUGUACACUGAUGAGCAGAAGCCUGUGGUGGGAGAUGUGUUCCUCAAACUUACCACACAGGACAAUGUACACAACUCUGUUUACGUUCAAUCAGCACUCUGUGAUGCGUAUCUCGGAUACACAGCCGCUCUGGCAACAAUCCUGACCACAGAGUUCAGCAGGGAUCCAAGUGAAAAACCACAUAACGCAAAGGAGGAAAGAGAGAAAUUCAGACUGCUCUCACUACUAUUAGCACCAGUGACACGCCUACACAACUACCUGAACACUGUACAGGCACUGCUGAACUGCUCGAGCAGUGAACACUUAGACUGGCGCUCGCUACACAGCAGCAAUCAGGUGCUACACAACCUUUACACUCGAUGUCACAUGAUCCUGGAGAGGACAGGGAGAUGGAGAGAAAGGGCGGGACAACCAGACGAGGUGGAGGAGUCAGUGAAUGGCCUCAGUAGCAGGUGUUGUGCUGAGAGCCAAGAGUGUGUGCGCUCUGCCUUCACCAAAUACCGUGCCAACGGACUUCAAAGAGAAACGCAUCACCUCACAGCACCACGCCCCCAACUGACCCCUGCUGGAAUACUGCGGAACUCUCGUGAGUGUUUGUAUGAGCCGCUGCCUGCUGCUGGCUGGACGGAGAGCAGCAUGUGGGAUUUCCGUCCGGUUCCUGCACGUCGUCCUCAGAAAACGUUUCUCAAUCUCGGAGCUCCAGGAGACCUUUCAGCCGCUGUCCCGACCCUGAAGUCCCCAUCGGGUUUGGCUGAACGUCUGUGCGGUUCCCCCGGUUUGGACGGUAGAGUGUGUCGCCCUGACGCUUAUGCUCUUCCUCAGCGCAUUGAUGACGCGGACACGGAUGCAGACGUGGGAGACACUUCGGUGUUUGAUUACUCGUCUGUAACGACAUGCAGCCCAGAUGAUACGCUGGAACUUCGAAGACAAGAUGAGGACGAGGAGGAAGAUGAAGAGGAAGACAGCGAGAUUCCUGUUCUGUUAAAGCCGUCGUACACACACACUUACACUGGUGGUGGUUUGCAGAAACAGGGGAGUGUGUGUACACGCUGGCAGAUACCCCGAGCUGCUCCUCUGCCUCCUGCAGUGUGUGUUACAGGAACAGGACGACGUGCGGAUCAACACCGACGCAAAAUCCCCACCGGAGCCUUCAGGCCGAUUUGGGACGCACCCUUUAAACAGGGAGAUGGUGCUACUGCUAAAGAGAACAUCGUGUCCUUCAGCUCGACCAAUCAGAUCAUAAAUCCACAAAGACGGACAGACUCAUCACGCUCUGUGCACAGGAGUGUGUGUGGUGGUGAAGGGGACAGACUAUGGAAUGACAGUGAUGACAGUGAGGGUCCCUGCAGCAAUGUCUAACACACACACACAUGCUCUUCGUGUGUGAACAGAUUCCCUCUUAAAUCUGACUGGAUCUCAUUGACUCCAUCAAGUGGUCUUCACCUUGAACUCCAGGAGCACUAAUUACCCAGAAUGCACUGGUGCAGUCUCACACACUCACCUUUUCAACAUGGCAGACCAAGUGAUGGAAUGAACACCUAGGGUUAGAGAUGUACUGCUGAUGUGAUGCAACCCAGUGUGUGUGUUUACGGCCUCAUCCUAACAUACAUUAAUGAUGAGUCUGAUCUCGUCAUAGUAUCAGGAGGACAUGGAUCUGAUCUUUCUUUCCUCUUCACUUUUUGUCUUUUCAUUCUUGUUCUCUCACACUGAUCUUUAAAGCUUUUAUUCAGCUGUUUUUAGUUCUCCUGUACAUCCCUUCAUCCUUUAGCCCUUCCUUUAUUUGUUGUUCUUGAUGUACUUUUAAUUUAUAUUUUAACCCUAAGAUGUUUUGCCCCACCUCCUCCUCCCACUCAGAUUGGAGACACCAUGUGAGCUGAAAUGUGAGGAAAUAAACAC